UAUCUCUUGCAACAAUCAAUAAUUAUAAAGAAUUUUUUUUAAAAAAUUAUUAAUUAUUGAAUUAAUUAUCGUUCUUUAUAUGAGAUGCCAAAGAAGAAAGUUUACAUGGAAUUUUAGAUUUCAUAUUCAUAAAAUUCCAAUUUUAGAUUUAGGGCAUUUUAAGAAUGAUUUUGAACUUUUGGUUUGAAGUGUUAAACCAAAUCAAUUAUUAAUUUAAAAACUUGACCCAAUCAAAUCUUAAUAUGCAGCCCUACAAUUCAAUCAAUAAUUUAAAAUAUUAGAAAUUUAUAAAUUAGAUUGGGUGUGAAUUGAUUAUACCAUAAAUUCAAAGCUCGUCCACUAAGUCAACCGAAGAAAAAUUUUAAAAGAAAAAAGAAAGUCAACCGAAUAAAAAAUCUACGCCAAAAUAGAAAAACUAAAAAUAAAUUUUGGAAAAAAGGAAAAGGAAAAUUGGAGGCAAACAAGCGCAACGAAAGGCCUAAGAAGCGGAAUAAAAGCUUUGACUACUUCUUCUUCUUCUUCUCUAUCAUUCCUCCAAUUCAACAGAGAAUAAAGAAAAAAAAUGCACUUUCUUAAUUCGGUUCGCUUAUUCAAAUAUCUAUAACCGAUAAGAAACAAAAUCUUAAAUAAUUUUUUUCUUUCCAUAUAUAUCUGAUAGUCAAAUUCAUAAUUUUUCUUUUUUGAUCGGAGAAAAGAAAAAAAGAAAAGAAAUAAAAGAAACGAGCAAUGUCGUGGUUAAGAGCGGCGGUACACAGAGCAGUAGAAGCAGGAGGAAAGACAACAUCCUUAACUCGCACCGUCCGUAACUACGCCGACUCCGUUGUCCUCCAUGCUGGGAAUGCCGUCGCUGAAGGGGCCAAGAUCAUCCAGCACCGCUUAGGGGCAGGGAAUUCGAAAAGUUUUAGGCUGACAGUGAAAAGAUUAGAGGAAGUAUCAGUGUCAUGUAGAGGGAUAGAAAGAGUUCAGUUAUUGAGAAGAUGGUUAGUUGCACUUAAAGAGAUUGAGAGAUUGUCGUCUUCAGCUUUUUCUGACAACAAUUCUGAUGACCAAAUUCUCUCUGACGAAUCUAAGGAUUCUCCUAGAAAACCCACUAUGAUUUAUUAUGUGGACCCUGAACUUGGUACGAUGAAUUUUCAUAAUCUUUUUCUUUAUAGUCAAGCUCUUGAAGGCAUAACGUUGUCUAUGAUUCUUGAAGCACCAAAUAAGGAAGAAGUUUCAUUGCUCCUGGAGAUAUUUGGGCUAUGUCUUGCGGGAGGAAAGGAAGUCCACAAAGCAGUUAUGAGCAGCAUACAGGAUUUGGCGUCAGCAUUAUCUAGCUACCAAGAUGAAAUAUUGAUAAAGCGAGAAGAGUUACUCCAGUAUGCUCAAGGUGCGAUUACAGGUUUGAAAAUAAAUGCUGAUAUUGCAAGAAUAGAUGCUGAAGCCUCCAGUCUAGUGGAGAAACUUGAUAAUAUGAAGGCAUUCCAUCAAUCACCAGAUGAGGCUUUGGAACAAUCAUCUAAAGAAACUACUUCAGCAAUGACAAAGGCUUUUGAAGACAGACUUGGACAGAUUGAACUGUGCUCCACAUUGGAGGCACUUUUAUUAAAGAAAAAAUCUUUGACCAAUGGAGAUUCUCCAGAGUUGCAUGCUGAAAAGGUUGAUAAAUUGAAAGUUCUAUCAGAGUCUCUGCUCAACUCAACAUCAAAAGCUGAAAGACGUAUAUUAGACCACAGGUCUCAGAAAGAAGAAGCACUCAACUUUCGUGUGGCUAAAUCUGGUGAAGUUAGCCAGCUUGAAAAGGAAUUGGCUGUCGAGAUUGAAAAUCUUGAGAAGCAAAAGGAGGAACUUGAAGCUGCAUUGAAAAAAGUCAGUAACUCAUUGAAUGCUGCUCGGGUUCGACUAAGUAAUGCCAGGGAAGAACGAGAACAGUUUGAUGAAGCUAGCAAUCAGACUCUAGUGCACUUGAAAACCAAGGAAGAUGAGCUCGCAAGAUCAAUAUCUUCAUGUAGAGUAGAAGCAGAUAUUGUUAAUACAUGGAUAAAAUUUUUAGAAGAUACUUGGGCACUGCACACCAAAUUUUCUCAAGAAAAGGAAAAGCAGGUCAAUGCUGAGUUGGAGAGAUAUGGAGAUUAUUUGGUGAAUUUGGUUAUUCAUCUUCUUACAUCAUACAAGGAACUGCUGGAGCCUUCCAUCACCCGCAUUAGAGGAGUUGUUGGGGACUUGAAUUCGUUUCAAGGGUCACAAAUAGCACCUACUAUAAAGGAUGAAGAUUCAAAAGCAAUAAACCAAAGAAAAAACCUUGAAAAGGAAUACCUGAACUUGGAAGUCAAAUUUUUGACCAUCUUCAGCAUGCUGAAUGGCGUGAAAGAGCAGUAUCAGAUCGCAAGUAAAGGCAUUUCCAGGAAAGAUGAUGAAAGAGUCAAAGAGCUAUUUAAUGCCCUUGAGAAAUCAAAGGAGGAGUAUGAGUCCAUAGAGAGACCAGUUCUGAAAGUCGACUCUCCUAAACAAAGAUCAGAUUCACCAUCCAGUUCCCCUGACAGUCCAUUUCCUAUUUCCAAGCAGGCAUCUGAUAUUCCAGAAAGCAAACAUGACAAGAAAACCGAAUUAUCCAUAGAUAAUGGACAAAAAGUACCAGCAGUGGUGGAGCUGGAACAGUUAGAUUCUGAACUUGGGAAAGAUGACACAGACUACUUGUCAGAAGAGAUCGGUGAAUGGGUGUUUGAUGAACUUGAAAAGGAAUUAAAAGCGACCAGCUGACCAUUUAAUAAUGAAACGUGUCUGUUGCCUAUACGUACGUUUGUUGACGUCGUAAUCUUGUAACAAUGAGAUAUUCUGACAAGCCCUGGAAAGGCCUUUUGUUUUCUCCUUCCAAUUUUUUAAUAGGGUUCAAGUUCUAUAUGUUUCACUGAGUGAAUGUCUCAAUAGUUCCCCGCAAGUUAAAUGGGGAAUUCACUCGGAAAGAUGGAUCAAAAGUUUAUAGAUCCAUAAUUAUGUAAAAAUUCUCUAUACAAAUACAUCUUAUACCAAAGUAUGAUUUUCCUUCUUUUCCUUC